AUUAACCUUCAGAGCCUCUGAAGAUAAGAGGCCGAUCAAUCUCUUCAUCUUCCUCAUUGUUCGCUCUCUCUCUCUCUCAUUUCUUCUGCUUCUCUUCGUUUUCUCUCUCUCUAUACUUUUUGUUGGCUCUUCCUGCCACUGCCCAACCUCGCUUUGAAGCCUUUCUUCUUGUCCGGUGUCACAAUCACAGGAUAAGCAUGCUCCACUCACCUUUGCCACAGACUCCCUAUGCUACGCCAAGAGACGAAGCAGCAACCAAAUUGCAGAAAGUUUACAAAAGUUUCCGAACUAGGAGGCGGCUAGCAGAUUGUGCAGUUCUUGCAGAGCAGAGAUGGUGGAAGGUGUUGGAUUUUGCUGAGCUAAGGCGGAGUUCAGUAUCUUUUUUUGACAUCGAUAAGCCAGAGACUGCUCAUUCCCGUUGGUCAAGGGCAAGAACGAGAGCUGCCAAAGUCGGAAAGGGGUUAUCAAAGGACGGGAAGGCCCGUAAACUUGCUUUACAGCACUGGCUAGAAGCAAUUGAUCCUCGGCAUCGUUAUGGCCAUAAUCUUCAAUUUUACUAUGCCAGAUGGCUCCGUUGUGGCAGUGGUCAACCUUUCUUCUAUUGGCUUGAUAUUGGAGAAGGCAAGGAAAUCAAUCACGAAAGGUGCCCAAGAUCAAAGCUUCAACUGCAAUGCAUCAGAUAUCUGGGUCCAGUGGAAAGAAAAGCUUAUGAAGUCGUGAUAGAGAAUGGGCGACUCUUCUACAAGCAGAGUGGGAAACUUGUUGAAACUACAGGAGAUGCUAAGUGGAUUUUUGUGCUCGGCACAUCCAAAACUUUAUAUGUUGGACAGAAGAUUAAGGGCAAAUUUCAACAUUCAAGUUUCCUGGCAGGGGGAGCCACUUCGUCUGCCGGAAGAUUGGUGGUGGAAGGUGGUGUCAUUAAAGCUGUUUGGGCUCACAGUGGUCAUUAUCUUCCGACAGAAGAAAAUUUUCAGGCAUUCUUGUCAUUCCUCAAAGAACACGGCGUGGAUCUUACAGAUGUAGAGGAAAACCCUAUAGAUGACGCAGGAGAAAUGACCCGGGAGGAAAAGGAUCUCAUCUCCCGAGGCAAUUCUUCAUUGGCAGAGUUGCCUCACGACAAUGAUCCCGGAAGUUCUGGCACUGCAGCUAAGGUGAUAUCUGACUUGAGAAAUGAGGAUUAUAAUGCCAUGUGCAAUUCCCAUCCGCCCUUGUCAAGAUUGUCUGGAGGAGUCAGGUCAAAAUUAUCCACACUCGAAAUAACAAGACGAGACAAUGUAUCAGACAUAUUUGGGAGGCAACAAUCAUAUCCGUCAAGUGUUUGUUUUUUGGCUCCAGAUUCCUUAUCAGCUGGUUAUGAGACAGCAGAAGAUGAGACGGCAGAAGAAUCAUACAUUGAUGAGUCAGAAUUCACGGUUUCUAAAUCGAACUUGUUUGUUGAAGAUCAAGGGGAAGGUGAUAAGGAUCCUAUUCCGAGAGACAAAAUAAUCAAGAGGAUAGAUUUACACAAAUCCAUGAUGUCAUAUCAGUUGGCCCAUCAAUUAUCUACCAAAUGGACAACAGGUGCUGGCCCGAGGAUUGGUUGCAUGAGAGACUACCCUUCAGAACUACAAUUUCGAAUUCUGGAACAUCAAAACUUGUCUCCAAGGACUAGAUCUCUUUCUCCAUUUCCAUCUCCCAGGGUCCCUUCAAUCUCACGUUUCGCCCAAAAACCAUAGCUUUAUUCACCCUAGCCGAUCAUUUUCUUCAGGUAGGGGCAGUGUUUUGUACAGCAAGCCAAUCAACUGGCAGUAUACAGUGAAGGUCAAACUGAGUGAUCCUGCGCUUCUCUUGGAGUCCAGAAAACCAAACUGACGUUCGUCCACACUCCGCAAUGCUUCCGAUGGCUGUUCUCCUACCCAAAAAGUUUUCGUAGGUCGAGUAGCGGGUACAAGAACCAGAAGAAUUUUGCAAGCUCUGAUUCCAAAUGGAAAAAGAAAAAGAAGGCAUCGUCGAAAUCAAUGAACUAGCAAGAUAGUUGUGCCAAAACUUUCUAAGAGGGUGGUUAAGCCCUUUUGAUCCAUCCUUGAAAUAACGCACUCCUGUGAGGAUAACUAGGUGGAAAUUAGAAGCGCAAAAGACUCCUAUACGGUAGCCGAAUGUGAAAUGUGUCGGCUAUAGUGACAACUGAUGUCCUCUUUAGAUGAUCGAUUGGUCACUGAAGGUGUUCAGUAUACCAGGUUAAGGAACGCGUAUUAUGACCAUUUGUAAAGAUCUAUAGGAUGAAUUACUGAUAUGUCCAAUCAGUAUAUUUGGGCAUGCAUCAACAUAAAUUUUAAGCUUAGGGCAGAGUUCCUAUGGCAUUACGUCUUAUUACAAGAUGUUGUAGUGAAUCAUAACUACCAAAAGGCUAAAAAAAAAAAAAACAUUUACUUGAUACAACAACAAAAUAUUAU